AUGCUAAGCGAAAUGUUUAUUAACAAAGUUAAGCCCUCUGACUCUUCCAGUGAAGUCGAAGCUGUAUCAGCCUUGCAGAAGUGCAUCUGCGAUGUCCGAGCAUGGAUGAGGGAGGAUCAGCUGAUGCUCAAUGAUGGCAAGACUCAGUUCCUGAUUAUAGGUACUCAUCAGCAGGUCUCAAAAGUUUCAAUCCAAAGCAUCGAGAUUGGGCAGACUGAAGUCUCUCCUGUAGCCUCUGCGCGCAAUUUAGGCACAUGGUUCGAUACGCAUCUAGAUAGGGGAACUCACAUUACAAAGACUUGUAGCAGCGCUUUUUAUUAUUUGUACAAUAUACGUCAUAUUAGGAAAUAUUUAUCCAGAGAAUCUGCUGAGAAAUUAGUUCAUGCUUUUAUUAGUAGUAGAUUGGAUUAUUCUAAUAGCCCUCUGUAUGGAAUUCCGGAAUAUCAGAUUUUGAAAUUGCAACGUGUUAUGAAUGCGAGUGCAAGACUUAUAUAUCGUGCACACAAGUUCUGUCAUAUAACACCUCUACUCGCAGAAUUACAUUGGUUACCAGUGCGCUCCAGGAUACAUUAUUAAAAUUUUGCAUGGCCUAUCACCUAAGUACCUUUCAGAUUUAAUUAGUGUUCAACAGCCUUCGUCCUACUAUUUGAGGCGCAACGACAAUGGUCGUUUGUUGGAAAGACCAAGUGUGAAAACCAAGAAAACAUUGGGAGACAGAGCUUUCCAGGUAGCUGCUCCUUUCCUUUCCUUUCCGAGCUGCCAAGGUCCGCGGGCGAAGCAACGAACUUAA